AAUGACAUCGCGGUGUCUUCAUUUCGAUUGUUUGAAAACAACCUGAUGGUGAUAUCGUUUUACAAAUUUUCAAAUUGAAAAACAAUUUAUCGUCAUGUCUAUCGCGGAAAAUAAAACAUUAUUCACUCAAAUGAUACAUAAACUUGGACUAUCUGAGCAUGAGCAGUUACUACCGAAAUCAACAGAAUUGCUGCGAUUGCUUCAGUCGAAAUCUACCGGAAGUAACGUCGAUUUGCAGGCUUACGCAAAGGUUAUCAUCUGCAUUGAUUUGGCCGCUAACCUCCUGGGUCUACCGUUCGAUAAUGAGACCGCGUCAAAGCUAUGUGGCUUGAAAAAGACAGCCUACGCAAAUGGCAAAAGAACGCUGGAGAAAAUCCUCGACAUCAGUAAAGUAAUCGGAAUAAACGAAAUGUGCAUCCAACUUGGACUCAACCAGGUUCAGAAGGAGGCCCUCACAAUGUUGGAAAACUACAAACGCUACGUGGGAGGAGUCAAGGCUGAGGUUGAUUUCGCCCAUCCCCAAUACGCGACCAUGGCCGUUUUUCAGGCCUGCAAAAAGAUGAAGGUGAAACCUCCGAAGACGAAACUUGUUGCUUUUAGCCAUUUGAAACCGACCCAGUGGACGAUGUUGGAGAAGAAUUGGGACAAUUUCCUAGCUCAAAGCAAUCAGCGUUCUGCCGCGGCGGCGGCAAAACCGGUUAAGGAAGCGGCUGCUCAAUUGAGUCCUGAGGAAGAGGUCGCGGUGAUGGACACACGGAUAAUCGGAGCUAAGCACUGCUCUCCUGAGAAGAUUGAACCCUAUGUGAAUUGGAAGAAACGAAUGCUGGAGAAAGCUUACCGGGAUUUGAAGGCACUGCAGGCUCGGUAAUUCCUUUUGAUGUGUUGAGAUUAAAUAAAGAUAAUUUAGUUCGUAAUAAAAAGUAGCAUAAGAAGUUGUACAUACCAUAUUAUGAAAUAAAUACUAAAAUAAAUAUUUUUUUGAAAAUGAGAA